AUGCCACCACAGCUAAGCUCGCAGGGUACCGCAGCGAUUGUGUAUCUUGGCGGACACUGUUUCACCCGUCCUCAAAGCAAGGUUCUCCAAUUACCUUUCUUUGACUCAUCAGUUAUCGUGUUGUUAUUGCUACAAAUGCUAAGACAUGCAGUCACAACAACCAAGAAGCUGCUCUUUAUAAUUCUGAUGUGUCCGGCAGCUAUUUGGUUAGUCUACGAGCUGCGGAAAUUGGAACAAAUAUUUCACAUAAAUCUUAUAAGAGUAGCACAGGCGCAUAUUGUUGCUCUUACAAUAGCAGAAGUUUCGCGAAUCUUUCUCAUACUGUACGACCUCGAAAUAUUCGGCAAAAAAGGUUUCAUUAACACCGAGCUGUUCGUCCUUUUCUUUGUAAGAUUUUUGCUGCUGGCCUGUCUUCAAACUAUGAUUCCUGCUAUCUCGGUUGAGAGAACAUUCGCUUCAACCUAUAUCAGUGACUAUGAACGUAAGAAUCGCUCAUGGAUUUCGCGUUUGGUGAUUGGGAGCGCUCUCAUGGUCACCUUGCUCUAUACUGUGCUUGUGCAACUGAUGAGUGUCGGCAUGCAGACCGUGGUUCCUUUUGCUGUGCUCGCUUUGUGCAUAAAUAUAUUCUCGUCAGUAGCCAUGGUAAUGGUGCACAGACGUGAUGCAGCUAAACUUCGUGAUCUUGAAAAUAUGACUGGAUAUUCUACGAUUGACUACACAUUGAGCAUGAAGUUUCAACUAGCUGAAAAUGUUCGUGUUACAAAGUGGCUCACCUACGCUUCAGUUGGUUAUACUAUUUGGGGAAUCAUUGGAGCUUUUUUCUGCUUUCCGCCACUUUUAAUCUUUGAUGAUAGCAAUCUUUUCGGGCAGCUUCUCUACGAAGCUUUGAAUGUUUACUUUGCGAUAACGUUUGCUGUUGUUUUUUGGCUAUCCCUCGCAGCGAUUGGUGAAUUGCGACACUUUUCGGAUACAAUUUUACUGCUCUGUUACAAACAGAAAAUUAUUGCUUCAAUUUGUAAUACAGCUGCUGUCAAAAGCAACGACUCUGUUAUAGCAACAGAAAUGUACUUCAAUCAGCUGAAAUCUGCUUGGGGACCCUGA